UGAAUCAGAAACUCCAAAUCGCGCUUCCACCCUCCCAGCAUUCCAGGAAGCAUAUUCAAAUCCAUGUCGGAAGCUCGCUCCCCGAAGCUCCCAUUGCCCUCGCAUGUGCUCUGCUCCAUGCUCCCCGAUCUCAAUCCCAUCCCAAUCCCUCCAUUUCUCCAUUUUCCUUCUUCUCCGCACCAUAGCAAUCCAUGGGAGAGGGUCGUUCUCUCGCCGAGACCCCCACCUGGUCCGUCGCCACCGUCACCACCGUCAUGGUCGCCGUUUGCUUCCUCGUCGAGCGCUCCAUCUCUAGAUUCGCCAAGUGGUUGAAGAAAACGAAGCGGAAGGCCAUGCUCGCCGCUCUGGAGAAGAUCCGGGAAGAGCUCAUGUUGCUUGGGUUGAUAUCGUUGAUGCUGAGCCAGACGGCGCGGUGGAUCUCGGAGAUUUGUGUUCCGUCAUCGCUUUUCAGUAGCCGUUUCUACAUUUGCUCGGAGGGGGAUUUCACUGUUGAUGAUGUGUUUGGUAGUGGUGAUCAGACGCCGUUGAAUCAUUCUACUCUUGUUGGGUGGAAGCUUCAGGCCUCUAGUCAACAGUGUGGUCCGGACCGCGAGCCGUUUGUUUCGUUUGAGGGACUUGAGCAGCUUCAUAUCUUCUUGUUCAUUCUUGGAAUUACUCAUGUGUUGUAUAGCUGCAUCACUGUUGCUCUGUCUAUGAUCAAGAUCUAUAGUUGGAGGAAAUGGGAGAACCAAGUUUACCCGUCACCUAAUGACAAUUUGCAAGCGAGGAGGAGCAAAAUGAUGAAGCGACAGUCCACCUUUGUUUUUCACCAUGCGUCUCAUCCGUGGAGCAAGAGCAGGAUUCUCAUUUGGAUGCUUUGUUUCAUCCGUCAAUUCAAGGGUUCUAUAACAAAGUCGGAUUACAUGGCAUUGCGUUUGGGUUUCAUCACUAAUCACAAACUACCACCUACUUACAAUUUCCAUAAGUAUAUGGUGCGGAGCAUGGAAGAUGAGUUUCAUGGUAGCGUUGGUAUUAGCUGGCCUCUUUGGAUAUAUGCUAUAGUAUGCAUUUUCAUAAAUAUCCAUGGUCUCAAUAUCUACUUUUGGUUAGCUUUCGUCCCUGCCAUUCUUGUCAUGCUAGUGGGUACCAAGCUUCAACAUGUUGUUGCUCAACUAGCUCUUGAAGUUGUUGAGCCGACUGGUCCGUUUGUUGGUACUCAGCUGAAGCCACGGGAUGGCCUCUUUUGGUUUAGGAAACCAGAAAUUUUAUUGUGGCUGAUCCAGUUCAUUUCCUUUCAGAAUGCUUUUGAAAUGGCAACGUUUAUUUGGUCCUUGUUUGAGCUGAGUGCACAAUCAUGUUUCAUGAAGAACCAUGGAAUGAUCGCUUUUCGCUUAUUUUCUGGGCUGUUUGUUCAAUUCUGGUGCAGCUAUAGCACACUUCCCCUUAAUGUCAUCAUCACUCAGAUGGGAUCAAAAUUCAAGAAGUCUCUACUCGCGGAGAACAUUAGAGAAUCACUCCACAGUUGGUGCAGGAGAGUGAAGGAAAAGUCCAGGCGUGGAGAUCCAGCUGAUCGAUCACUUGCACGUCUUGAAACUGCAAGAUCAACAUGUUCCUUAGGAUCAACCAUAUACGAGACCGAUGAAACAAAUACGGUAGCCUCUGGUCAGCUGUCGCGGAGUCUUUCUGUGGCAUCACUAGAUGAUCUUGCUGUUGUUGAUUGCAUCAAUGAACCUUCAGUGAAACCCAUAGACGAUCAGAAGGUAUGAUUAACGUACCAUGUAUUAUUCAAGUCUAGCAUGUACAAGCAGCUUAAUUUCUGGCAUUUUAGAGGGGUUAUUAUUAUUAUUAUU